GCACCGCCCCUCUUCCUUGCACCACUCAACUUUGCCCCUCUCUUCCUCAGUGCCUACACAGUCAUUGCCAACCAUCUCCAUCCUAGAAGAGAUCUUUUUUAUAACCUCUCUGUUUUCGUUUCUAGGAUCAAGAAAACCAAAAUCCAAGCAACAAAUAUUUUCACGUGGAACAAUAUGUCGAAUUACGCUCAGGGCAGUGAAGACGAGGUCGAUGAUUUCGACCAGUACGAACCAACGCCGUAUGGGGGUGGUUACGACAUCGUGCUCACCUACGACCGGCCUCUCCCGCCGUCUGAUGAGACCUGCUACCAUUUCUCCUCCUCCAUGACUUCCAAUGACUUCGACUAUGAUCACCCACAGUACACCUCUUACGCCGAGCCCUCCACCUAUCGCGACGAGGCCCUCGAGACUGUAUACAACAGCUACGCCCGUCCCAAGCCUCGACCCUCGCCUCCUCCACCUGGUGAGGGAGAUUUCAGGGGAGGUGAGUAUGGGGCCAGGCUGGACAUUGGUCAUGGGUUCCCUCCUCCUGGGGUGAACAGGUCUGGGUAAGGUGAGCUCGAGUAUGGAUCGGAAAGGCCCAUAUCUGAACUGCUGCAUGAUCAUAACUACAGAAACUUGUAACAAAUUCCGACGCUGAAGCAACUUGGGG